UUCUUGGUGGCUUUUCACGCCAAUUCACGCUCAACAUUUUUUAGCCAAUUAUAAGACAGAAGACAGAAAGCAAGACACUAAGAGUAACACCAAGCCAAAUUCUGUAAAGGAAGGCAAAUUCUGUAAGGGUUGUUAGUUACUCUUAGUCGCCACGAGCUGUUACCUGGAGAGGCUGUUUGUAGACCUGCUCGGCAUGGACUUUGACAGCAGGAAACAACUUUAGCGGCCCAAGGGCCUUAAGGGUGCCCGUUCUCCCUUUUUCGAAGUAGGAUGGGUUUCUGAUAACCCUCUCGUCACUGUGUUGGUGCCACACCAGAGGACACAAAUGAGAGACGCGAUAACGCCGCGAUAACACCAGAACAUUCUGUAUGGGAUGCUUUCCUCCGAGGUGAGACUUGGCAAGACCCUAAGCUACCUGUAAGCUGACAAGCUGCCACAACGUGGAUGUGAACAGACUUUAGGACCUUUAGGAUCAGCCUUGUGGCUGUCCUACCGGCACCAGGUUUUGGCGACCAGCCAAGUCAGCCAAGUCCAAGUCAGCCAAGUCCAAGUCAUGUUUGCGGGUCGGCUUUCCGGUGCCACAAGUUAUUCUGCUGCUGCUGCCGACAUGAGUUUGGUGAGGCCAGUGUUUGACAGCGCGGCACUCGGACCAAAGCAUAGGGUAGCGAGACUUCGUCCAUGACAACUCUGAAACCUCACUGAAACCUCUCUGAAACCCAUCAAUUCCUUUGCCAGAUGCAAGAUAUGCAAGUAGUCUGGAGGCACCUUGAAAUCCCGCCACCCAAAAGCUUGCAAAUGUGCCUUCAAAGAAUGGGUUCCCUAAGUGGAGCAGUCCCAAUUUUGACCGUAUGAUUCACAGAUAUUCACAGUAUGCCUACUAGAUGCUUCGAGAUGCUUCAAGUAGCUGGGGCCAUUUCAUGUGGAAGCCCUGUGGAAAUCCCCAGUGUUAAUCCCCAAUCCCGGGCGUGUUGCGCGCUCUAAUGCACAGCAAGUACAAGUGCAAAUAGUCAGAUUAGUCAGAUUAGUCAGCAGGCAUUUUGUUGGGUCCCGGUCCUUUCGUCAGAAUUGCACAGACUGCACAUGGAUGUACCAUAGAAUGUACCAUUUUGUUUGAGAACUUUGCCAAGAUUGACAGAAUGAUGCACAGGGUAGCUAGAGCCAAGAAACCAACCCAAUUUAAAGCAAGUAGUCUGCAAGAAAUUCCCCAGGAGGGUUCAGCACGGGGAGACUUUGAUUUUGCAGCUUUGUGCUUGAUGCGGCAGGACACUCUGCACAAGCCGGCCACUUCACAUUUCAUUCCAGUCCAGGAUUCUUUGGAUCACGAGUGUGCCAGGUGCCACUUUUUGCUAUUCCAGGAUGAUUCUUUGUACCGCUUGCUGCUUGAUGCCACUGCAUGCCCAGCAUUUACGUCAAAAGUCGAACACUGCACUUCGCGCCGCUGCGAGACCAAAAGCCACCCUAGCGUAACUUGCGCCCGUUCCAAAUGGACAGAUCGAGACAAUUGGUGGUGACCUUCAGGCACGAAAUGUGCCCCAAAUAACGCACAUCCUCCCCUCCGUUUCCUGUCCUGCGAUCAGAGUUACUCGGAAGCAUGGACCUUGUUGCAGUGUGCCUUCAAUUGCUUUUCCCCUUUCUGUUGCAGAAUCAUUUGGUGUGAUGGUACUCUGAAUUGAAGUGGGCUGGAUCCCACUCAGUUUCUGAGAUUUUUCUUUGAAUUGAUUGUUUUCAAGGGGCGCUUUGGCUAUGUUCGAUCGAAUGCACAAGUCAAAGCAAAGGCCAUCGAAAGGUCAGCUUUCGGAUCAGUGAUCAGUGUGAAGUCAGAGUCCGAGCAUGAGCAGCGGGAGAAUGAGAAAAGCUGUCAGAAAAGCUGUGAGAAAAGCUGUGAGAAAAGUGCAAACAUCUUAUGGAAAAGCUGUCCUUUCCAAAGUCUGCGCAGUUUGCUCCGGUUGCUGUGCUGCCUGUGCUGCCGCUUGCCUCAAGCUGUUGCCAUCCGAAACGUGCACGUGACAUACGCUUUCCGUUCCAAAUCGACGACCACGCAGGCUGUAGCCAUCAGCCUUUCUCGCAUUGAGAUGAAACAAACUACACAUUUAUCCAGCAGCUGCAGCUGCAGCUUUAAAAGCAGCCUUAAAGGCAGGUCCGGCUGAAAGUCAGUCUGACAGUCUGAGCCACAUAUCCUUUGCUGAGAUGUUGGUAUAAUAUCCCAAAGGCGGAGAAUAGGGAUAAGCGGGACCAACCAGAACAAAACUGUCACAAACGGAUCAUAUGGAUUAUAUAAUUGUACAGACAAAAUUUCCCGGUGAUCGGCCCACUCCGGCUGUCCAUCACUGCAAAUUCUUUGACAAACCUAAGAUGAGGGAAAUAUACAGUUCAUCCCAUUGCAAUGUUUGCAUCUUGAACACAUCCAGAGGUGGAAGCCCGGAAGCCCUUGCAAGAAGCACUGGGCAGAGAUCCAAGUAAAGAACAUCAGAGAGAGCAUCGGCUAUCACUCCCGAACAGCCUGGAUCACCUCCCUUCAGAAGACACAGAGAAAGCGCUGUGUUUGAUUCACCACGUCCCACGUCUCUUCAAGUUUUAGAGCUUUUCAAUGCUUUUCAGCUUUCCCAUGCUUUCCCCCAUAAACCCCAAAAACAGCGUGACCAGCCCGGUGCGCAUGGAUCUGUCACAUAGACCCUUUCACAUAACAGGUCCCAGAUCUCGAAACAAAAACACAGACAGUUCAAACAGACCUUGGUAAUCCAAACUUUAAAAAAGAUUUCGCUUCAGGACAUUGCCCAGCAUUGCUUCCGGCAGCGCAGACCUUGUUUUCAAAACGCUUGGGCAUUCACUAGUCAGCACCAGCUUUGCAGGUUUGAUUGCAAA